AUGGCGCAGUAUUACACAAAGCAGCAGCUGCAGGGAGCUGGAAAGUACUCGGGAAAGGUCAGAAUCGGCAACUGGAACGAGGAUGCAGAGCUGGACGAGAUCGUGCUCAAGGACUACAUCGACCGCAAGGCCCGCGGCGAGCUCAAGCUCGACAAGUUCCAGCAGAGGAUGAGCGUCGCCCUGGCCCCUGUGGAAACGUCGACGGUCGCCGCAGAAGGCCUUGUCCACUUCGGGGACGUUUUCUGCCUUAGGAACGUGCAGACUGGGGCGCUAUUAGCGGCUGAUGUCGGCGACCGAGAUACAAGGCCCGGAGAGGGGUUCAAGUGCGCCGUGUCGGGAACGACGCUGCCGGCCUCGCAGGCGCCAGUGGCAAGGAACACAUGGAUGCUGUCGAAAUACAAGGGCGCACCCAAAGGAGCGGUUACCGAGCGCCAUUACGACGGCGACAUUUUGCACUACGGCCAGAAGUUCCGGCUAGUCGGGAACCCGAUGAUGUUCGGGAGGGAGAUUGAGGACCUAGAGGAGCCGCUGUACCUCAAGUCGGGGCCAGUCACCACGCAGUACUUCGCCAAGUGCUCGCGGCACCAAGAGGUGUCGCUCUCUUCCACCCGCAAUUAUGGAAGCGUCUGGCACGUGGCUCCACUGAACCCAGCGGAACGGCUGACGGCGGACGGAACGCCUGUCCCAGCCGGAGCUCCCCUCGUCUUGAUGCACUCCGCCACGAACGAAGCCCUCUGCUGCAACGGCCUGCUCUUCGGUAACGACUUCGGAAAGGAAUUGGAGAUCUGCUGCCAUAACGCGGCCCCGGCGAAAAUGACCGGUAAUCUAGAGCUGACCACAAAAGGCGUCCCGGAACAACUCGUGGCUAAGGCGGAAGGGCCCAGUAACUACUGGGUGUUCGAGGUGGGCGACACUGUGCGCGAGCUCCGCUUCCGGUCCCCCGGGGAGAGCGUCGCGCGCCCGGCGCUCGCGCGCCUCGCGGCCGCGUUCGAAGCCGCGGGGGAAGACGCGGUCAAGGCGCUGAUCCAAAACCUAGAACUGCUGGACAAGGCGAGCAGCGGGUGGCUGGAUAGGUUAGAGGUUUUGAGGGUUAUGAAAACGAAGGUUAGGGCGGAACUGAGCGCGGGGGAGCUGGAAGAGAUCGCCAAGUUUGCGGGUUGGGAGAGUGCGACGAGCGCCAACUGGCGGGAUCUCGUCGCGUACGCGCUCGACGGAUGAAGCGAUAAGCUGAAGGUGCUGAGGAUAUCGAGUCUUAUGUACAGGGCUGCGCCGCUUUAGGAGCCAUAGGAGUAAAACUUCUGAUUGCACUGCACUAUUCCCUUCGAAGUAUCUUAGUAGUGUAAUGGUAACGCUGGAUCUGUCCAGUUUCCGUGACUUUGUAUGAUUAAGUUUGAAAGAGUGCUUGGAGUAAAAGUGGUGACCAAACAUGAGACUCUGAGCUAGCUUCAAAAAGGUUCGGACUUGCCUCCAAUAUAGUCGUCUGUUUUCGAACAGCCUGGACGCCACAUCUGGAAAAUACUUGCGGGCCA